AUGCCUCUGAUCAAAACCACCGAAGUCAACGAGGAUACUCGUGUCCUCGGAUACGAUCCUCUUCUUUCCCCUCAGUACCUCCAGACCGAAAUCCCGGCUUUCAACCAGCCUUCUCAUGCCAUUGAUACGGUUCGCUCCGGCCGCAACCAGGCCAUCGAGAUCAUUGAGCAGCGGGAUGACCGUCUCCUCGUGGUUGUGGGACCGUGCUCGAUUCACGACCCUGAGACUGCCCUCGAAUAUGCCUCUCGGUUGAAGGCCCUCUCCGAGAAGCUCUCGUCCGACCUCUGCAUCAUCAUGCGCGCCUACCUCGAGAAGCCUCGCACCACGGUGGGAUGGAAGGGUCUGAUCAACGACCCCGAUAUCGACGAGUCGUACAACAUCAACAAGGGUCUACGGGUCUCGCUUCCUGGCGGAUCUGAUCUCGCUGGGGGUCAUCGCGCCCGCACCACCGAGUCGCAGCUGCACCGCGAGCUCGCGUCCGGCAUGAGUUUCCCUAUCGGCUACAAGAACGGCACGGAUGGCAACCUGACCGUGGCCAUCGACGCCAUCGGGGCGGCCGCGCACCCGCACCGCUUCCUCGGUGUCACCAAGCAGAGUCUCGCGGCCAUCACCAAGACGUCGGGCAACGAGCACGGCUUCGUCAUCCUCCGCGGCGGCAGCAAGGGCACCAACUACGACGCGCAGAGCAUUCAGAGCGCACGCGAGUCGCUGCGGGCCAAGAAGCAGCGCGAGGUGGUCAUGGUCGACUGCUCGCACGGCAAUUCCAACAAGAACCACCGCAACCAGCCGCUCGUCGCCAAGGACAUUGCCGACCAGAUGCGCGCCGGCCAGGAUGCCAUCGUCGGCGUCAUGAUCGAGUCCAACAUCAACGAGGGCAACCAGAAGGUGCCGCCCGAGGGUCCGUCGGGCUUGAAGCGCGGCGUCAGCAUCACCGACGCCUGCAUCGACUGGGAGACCACCGUGUCGGUGCUGGAGGACCUGGCGGACGCCGUGCGGGCUCGUCGGGCCGCCAAGGCCGCGGGCAAAUCCAGCGGCGCUGCCCUUUAG